AUGCAUGAUUCGGAUGAAAUCAUAUUACAUCUAUCGAUGUUGAUAAUUUUCCUAUGUUUUGGUCUUGUAAAUGGCCAAAAUUACAACGUACUUGAUUUUGGUGCUAUAGGAGACGGUCAAACCGAUGAUUCAAUGGCUUUUGUACAAGCAUGGAAUGCUACAUGUAGAGGGGAAGAAAACAAUAAUACACUUGUUAUUCCCUCUGGACAAACAUUUUUACUCCAACCUAUUAAGUUCAAUGGCCCAUGUAAAUCUACCUCCAUCAAAAUUCAGUUGGAUGGUGUCAUCAUUGCACCUAGCAACAUCAAAGCAUGGUCCAACCCCAAAUCUCAAAUGUGGAUUAGUUUUUCAUCAGUAUUUGGUCUAAUAGUAGAUGGUUCAGGAAAGAUCGAUGGUGGUGGUUCAUCCUUUUGGGAGCUUAAUCUCACGGCUUCUCAACGACCUACAGCAUUACAUAUUAAUAAAUGUAAUAAUCUCACUAUAAACGGAAUUUCCUCGAUUAAUAGUCCAAAAACCCAUUUAUCAAUCAAAUCAUGCAAUUAUGUUGCAAUAUCAAAAAUAAACCUUUUGGCUCCUGAAACAAGUCCCAACACAGAUGGAAUUGAUAUACAAAACUCGACCAAUAUCAACAUAUUUGACUCUACAAUUCAAACAGGAGAUGAUUGUAUAGCAAUCAAAACAGGAAGUUUCAAUAUCAACAUCACACAAAUUAAUUGUGGACCUGGUCAUGGAAUAAGUGUGGGAAGUUUAGGAGCCGAUGGAGCAAAUGAUGCAGUUAGUGGUGUUCAAGUGACACAUUGUACUUUUAACAGAACGAUGAAUGGAGCUAGAAUAAAGACUUGGGAGGGUGGUCAGGGAUAUGCAAGAAACAUAAGUUUUGAGAACAUUACGCUCAUAAAUGCAAAAAAUCCAAUUAUAAUCGACCAACAAUAUAUUGAUAAAGGACGUCAUAAUGCAAAAGAGGAUUCAGCCGUGGCAAUUAGCAAUAUAAAAUAUGUUGGCUUUCAUGGAACAACAUUAAAUGAAGAUGCUAUAACGCUGAAGUGUAGUGUCACCACAUCUUGCAAAAACGUUGUUAUGGAUGAUAAUAACAUUACAAUGGAAAAUGGAAAAACACCUAAAGUUCAUUGCGAAAAUGUUGAAGGAGAGUCUGAUGGUAGCGAUUUGUUGCGUGACUGCUUUAAAAGUAAUAAUACGUCUUAG